UAUAGCUAUGAUACAUUCCUCAGAGAUCACUGAGAGGAACCAGGAAUGGGAUACCUCAGAAAAGAACAUUGAGGACAUUAUGGAGGUACUCCAAUCUGCUGAUCAGUUGUCAACAGAUAAUGUCUUUAAAACUCUCAAGUCGCUGAAAGUUAAAAUCCUAAACAACAAGAUGGUACCUCCACUAUGCCAGAAGGUGACCGAUAUCUUCGUUGACUACCUGAGGACCACGAAGCCGGAGGGAGAACUGGAAGAGUUGUGUACUACGGUCCUAAUGGCUCUGGGGUUCCAGUCUCCAGGAAUAGUCAUCUUCAAGCUGUGGGACAGAUGGCACAACACCUUGCCCCCAAAUUGCCUCCUGACUGCAGUGGGAAGACUCAUCCACCGCCAGGAUGCAGCUUCAUACGUUGGGGUCACAUGGGAAUAUAUCCUGCGCCUCCUGAGGAUGGCCCAAACAGAGGAUGACAUGUUGGCAAUAUGUCAUGUGCUCAAAGGAUUGGUCAUCAGUGCCCGGAAACACAUGGAUUUAUCCACUACAGAUGAUGAAAUAAUGGACAUCACAAAAGAGGCCGUGUCCUUCAAGGCUUAUCUCACCCUCAGGCUUCUCUUCAAUCGUUGGUCCCUAAAGACCAACAACAAGGUGACAGAGCAAGCUAUGGUGAUAAUCGGUCACCUCUUCUUCCUCAUGCCAUCCUCCAAACUCAAGAACCAAGUGAACCGGUUAACCCGAUGGUUUAUGACUUUGGUAUCUGCAAAAGUGACACCUUUCUACAUUUCCCAGUGUAUUUACCAACUUGUGGAUGCUCUGGCUCUUAGUGGCUGUGGAGGUAUAAACUUGGAAUCCCAGCUGGAAAAUAUUACAGACAUGCUGUUCAAUCAGCUGAGUGAAACAGUCAAGGAGUCAGAUCCUCACUCUGCACGGAACCAUAUCCUUGCCCUGAAGGCUUUCUACAUCCUAUCCAAGUUAUACAAUGAUCAGGUGGUAUUCUUAAUACAAAAGACCAUGCAAACCAGUGAUCCAGCCAAGAUAGUAUCAGCCCUUCAAGUUUUCAUGGAUGUGUUCCUGGAAGUGCCCCAGACAGAGCAACUGAAGAAUGAAGUGAUGCAUUCCGUCAUCAUCAUGAUUCAGGACGAUCUCAAGCCAAAUGAAGAGGACAUCCAACUAAUGUGUUCCGAAAUCCUACAGAUGGUGUCCUUGCCCAAACUGAUCACCUUGGCCUGCCAGCCCAGCAAUACCUUGGCCUUCGUGCUGCUGAGUAAGACAGCCACAAACAUGGCUCUGAAGGCCCGGUCCCUGGGCCAGGUUCCUUAUCUAAGCAGCUUUCACCUCAGCCCUACCCAGUUCAUCUCCCCACAGAAACUUCUGACCCAUCUUGUGGUGUUUUCCCUGAAGUCCUAUAGUGAAAGGGAGCUUGGGAUAAGCUCUCUAAGGCUACUACAUGCCCUGCAUCCUAUCACCUCCUUGCACCCUGUUAUCAACUCAAGUGUGGGCCAGCUGUGGAUGAAGAAGAUCCCCCAGAUGUUGCAGAUUCUGGAUGAUCACACUAAGAAGAAUCUGGAUCAGGAGGAGUGGGAGGACAGGCUGCUCCAGUUUUCAAGUCAGUCGUUAGUGGCCAUCAAUGAUGACAGCUGGCUGGAGCAACUCAUCAAGGUUGUCUUGGAGAGGAUAAAUUAUUUCAGCGAUGGUGAGGAGAAGGCUUUUCUGUAUAAAUUCUUUGGAUUUACCUUGCGGACCUCAAGGAAUAUGAAACUGGUGAAGACGAUGCUUUCCUCUAUUCUACAAAGUGUCCAUGAAGAUAUGCGGGAGAGGGAGGGCAUUGCUACGGCACUGAGUAUCGUGUCCAUGAAGUAUCUAAAGAUAGUCCUGGACCAACUUCAAGAGUACAGUGCAAUCCUCACGGACAAGGGCUCAUCAUUCAUCCUCAAACUAAUGAAGGAACAUCAGCAAAGAGAAUGGGGGUUGGUCUGUAACAUCAUCUACUUAAGCUACAGCAAGAUCAUUUUCGAGAGCAAGGGAGGCAUCGUCACGCAUUUGGACAACAUCCUGGCUUUGGCGCUCCAACACUACCGCAACUGCGUUGUCGAAAAGGAUAAGAACCUGAAGCUGGAGUACCUGGGCGCCUUGAGCAAGCUAACAAGCAUCAUUAGCAGCCAGCCCAUGGCCUUUCAGUUCAAGUUUGUUCGGAAACUAGAAAUUGUAACCUUCAUGGUGGAGUUAAUCAGGGAGGAGCCAUUGAAUUCCAUCUCCAGCUCCGUUAGGCUGAGGGCGAUGAAUAUCAUCACUGACUUCAGAAAUCUCAGUCCCCUCAUAGAGGUGGAAGAAAGAACAGAUCUUCUCCGAACAUGCUGUAAGAGUGUGCUCUGCCUGCCACCCACAGAAGUUUUGCUGAAGGAGGCAUCCAGUUCCCGGGAGGCCGAAGACACUGUGGAUUUGUACAGGGAGACCCUGCAAUCCCUUCUAAAGCUAAUGGAGACACUUAUUUUUGAGAUGCCUUCUCGGAUCCAGUACUCCUUGGAGGUUCUGGACACAUGGCUGAAUUCCCAAAAGGACAAUGAGAGGGAACGGGCCAUGUGGUGUGCUGCCCGUAUUCUUGGCUUCACUGCAAAAACGAAUAACGUUGGAAUGGACAUCGAGUUCACUCGGCUGGGGCGUUUGGUAAGGCUGCUGGCCAUACGCUGCCAGGACCCAGUGGACAACAUCUGCUUCCUGUCUGCACAGGCUGUCUACAACCUCUACUGUAUCCUCCUGCUGCAAAAGCAGAUGGGAAGGAAAAAACAGGGCUUGUGGGAAGAAGAGGGCAAGAGUGAAGUCUACAGCGCCAAUGUGUUCUAUAACAACACCUUUGAGAUCGUCAAGGCCUUUGCGGAGUACUUCACGCAGAUGCAGCUCACCACCCUGGUGCUGACGGCCAUGGAGGGCCUGACUGACGGCAAGGCCAAGGUGUCUCUGGCGGCGGCCCAGCUGAUGAGCGCGGUCAUGAAAGAGCGGGGCCGAGACAUGAUUAAGAUCGAGGAAAUCGUGGAGGGGAUUCUGGAACGGCUCAACUCCCAGCUGGAGCCCAGUACAAAGGAGGAGGUCGUGCGGGGCGUGUGCUUGCUGGCCGGCAACAACACCCACAGUGUCGUGCCCUUGCUUCUCAGCAAGUCCCUGCCUUGGGAUAGAACCAGUCUGGCCCUAUGGAAGGCAUUUGGCACCCGGCGAGAGACCACGAUCAGUGUCCUGCAGCUGCUCAUCAGCAUCCUGGAAAAACUCCACUCCAGAGAGGAGACUGAGGAGAUGGCCUUCCAGCCUGUGGCGGUGACAUGUGCCCUGUGUGAGAUGCUAUCAGGGUCCCUGUGCCAGGAGGCCGUCCAGGAGCUCUAUCCCCGGCUCUUGUUGGCUAUAUUAUGUCAUCUCUGCUGGGUGAUUGAGCAAAAUGUCCCCCAGAAGAUGGUGGUCUAUAGCAAGGAGGGGGGCCCAGGCAGCAAGAGCAAGCCCUUUGACCCCACGAGUUGUGCCCUGGAGGUUGUGAAGUUGGUGUUCUUGGCCGCUGCAUAUGAUGGAGUGGUGACCUAUGCAAAUCAGCAUCACUGCUGGGACCUUCUGUCCUGCCCCAGGUUUUACUACAUAGGGAUCAUGGACCUGACAAGCAACUUUCCUGUGUCCCACCCCAGCGGCAUUGUGAAGACCUGUGAACCUGCCGUCCUGCACCGGGUCCUCAACCUUGUCAGAAACUACCUCUAUAGCUCCAGCUACCAUCAAAAGAUCCUGGCCAGGACUUUCUAUGCACAGCUCCUCUGGCACCGGUCAGUGGCUCAGACUCUGGGACAAGACUUUCUGAGCAAUCUGAUCAAGUGGGUCAAAGACCCCAACCUCAUUAUGAAAGAAGUCGGGCUUCGUGGAAUCAGUAACCUGGCACUGCACCCAGGACAAUCAGAAUCGCUGAAGGGCCAGGUUCCAUUCUUGCGAGACUUGCUGAAGAAUGAAGCACGGGUAACAGUGCAGGCAGUCAAGAGCCUACGGAACAUCAUCUGUCAUGGGAAGGGAGAGGACACGAAGGUGGUUUUUUGCAGCAUCUCCAAGCAACUUCGUCCACUCAUCAAUGACGAACCACUGGAGGAAAAAAAAAAAAUGACACGCUGCUAUGAAACUGGUUCUGGAGCAAAGAGUGGGGAGACAACUCACAGUUCUACCCUCCUUCCAGACAACACAGGAACCCCAGAAGGCUAGCAGCCUUGUGGAAAGGACCCAAAGUUUCAGGAAUCUGAACUGCCCAGAGCAAUACCACCUUGUGUCUUGGCCUCCCUUCAGAUGGUAGAAUUUUAGAGCCAAACUAGA